AUGCAGUCAAACGUCGGAAACCGGCAGGUCUACGAGGCUGGCGACCAGCGCAACCCAAAGGCCACCGAGACGGGGUCGGGAACUCGUUGCAACAAAGGGACAGCAAACUCGCACCUGCAGAACGACUCGAAGGAUCAAAGAUCACUCUCGAAACGGGCAGCCGCCGAGGUAAGUCAGCAGGAGGAAUCUCACGAGACGUCGCGACAUAAGAAGGACCCAACGCUCCCGGCCAAGGCGCACGGAAACGAGCCCUCAAAGGGCGCCCAGAUCGAUGCCGAGCUGCAAGCGGAGGAUGAGGAGCUGAUGAAGAAGAAGGGGCAGAGCCUGACCGGCAAGAAGAUGUAA